UUCUGUUGAUUUUUUGUGUAGUGGAGUUGCUGUUUUCUUGGAUGGUUAAGUUGUAGAAAAUACCAGUCUCAAUCCGUUUAGGAUCACUUUAUCCUGAAGAGGUAACUGAGUGGUUAAAGUAAUUAAACCUAUCAGCGGUAACUAAAAAGGACACUACUGAUGGCCGGCGAUAAAAAGCGCCGUUCUCGGUCACGAGAACGCAUUGAUCUGGAACGCGAUCGAAUUCGUGAUCGCGAUCGUUACCGGGAACGAGAACACCUAAUUGAACGGGACCGAGACCGUGAGCGUGAGCGGGAUCGGGACCGGUUCGAAAGAGAACGUGAACGGGAACGAGAUCGGGAUCGUGGUCAUGUUGACAAAGGACCAGUAGCGCCCAGGGAACGCAUUGGCGAGGGAAUAACCAAACGUCGGUCAUCGGGUGAGUGGAACCGGGACAAAAAGAAAAAGAAGGAGGAAGCUGACAAGAAAGAUGAAUCCGAGGAAACAGAAGAAAUGAAGGCACUGUUGAAACGGGAAACGAGUUCUAAAAAGGAACCGCUUUCGCUGGAGGAAUUAUUGGCAAAAAAGAAAGCCGAAGAACAAGCUAGAAGCAAGCCGGUUUUUAUAACGAAGGAACAGCGGGCAGCCGAAGCUCUGAAGAGAAGACAAGAGGAGGUGGCUGCCAUGAAAGCUGCUACUUCCAAUGUUGUGGCCAAAUUCGGCGAUGUGCCAGUAACGGUUCUGCUUAAUCGAGAGAAGAAGGAUCCUCUGGAGAAGUAUGACCGCAGGGAAAGGGAACGUGAGCGGGAGCGGGAACGAGAAAGAGCCAGAAAUCGUGACCGUGAUGGCAAAGAGAAAGAAGGGGUCGACGAUAAGAAACGAUCGACAACGGAGGAUCCUACCGUAAAGGACAAGGAAAAAGAACAGGAAGCAAUUCGGGAACGAUAUUUGGGAAUCAUCAAGAAAAAGAGACGAGUUCGAAGAUUGAACGACAGAAAAUUCGUCUUUGAUUGGGAUGCAGCAGAGGACACAUCUGUGGAUUAUAAUAAUCUUUACAAAGAACGACACCAUGUGCAGUUCUUUGGCCGCGGAAACAUUGCUGGAAUUGAUAUCAAAGAUCAGAAGAAAAAGCAAAGCAAAUUUUAUGGAGAUCUACUGGAAAAACGUCGAACCGAUGCUGAAAAGGAGCAGGAGAAGGUCCGGUUGAAGAAGGUGAAAAAGAAGGAAGAGAAACAAAAAUGGGAUGAUCGUCACUGGUCGGAGAAAGACCCUGAUGAGAUGACUGAACGAGAUUGGCGUAUAUUUCGGGAGGAUUACAACAUUACAAUUAAAGGAGGCAAGAUUCCUAAUCCGUUCAGAACCUGGAAGGAAUCCGGCUUCCCCAAAGAAAUUCUGGAUAUUAUUGACAAAGUUGGUUAUAAAGAACCAACACCCAUUCAGCGGCAAGCUAUUCCAAUUGGUCUGCAGAAUAGGGAUAUUAUCGGUAUUGCCGAAACCGGUUCCGGCAAGACACUAGCCUUUUUGAUUCCGUUGCUUAAUUGGAUUCAAUCGCUCCCGAAAAUUGACCGCUUGGAGACGGCUGAUCAAGGUCCCUAUGCGAUUAUUUUGGCUCCAACUCGAGAAUUGGCGCAACAGAUUGAGGAAGAGACGCAGAAGUUUGGGCAGCCGUUGGGUAUUCGCACUGUCGUCGUAGUCGGAGGUUUAUCUCGAGAAGAGCAGGGAUUCCGUCUUCGGCUUGGUUGCGAAAUUGUCAUUGCUACCCCUGGUCGUCUUAUCGAUGUGCUGGAGAACCGUUACCUUGUAUUAAAUCAGUGUACCUACAUCGUUCUGGAUGAGGCCGAUCGUAUGAUUGACAUGGGUUUCGAGCCGGAUGUCCAGAAAAUUCUGGAAUACAUGCCAGUAACUAAUUUAAAACCGGAUACGGAGGAAGCAGAAGAUGCCUCUAAACUAAUGGCCAAUUUUAACACCAAGAAAAAGUAUCGUCAAACGGUGAUGUUCACAGCAACGAUGCCUCCGGCAGUGGAACGUCUAGCCCGUACCUAUCUUCGUCGCCCGGCCACAGUCUAUAUCGGUUCUGUUGGUCGCCCAACAGAACGAACCGAACAGAUUGUGCACAUCAUGACAGAGAACGAGAAACGCAAGAAGCUGAUGGAAAUUCUUUCUCGAGGUGUCGAACCACCGUGCAUCAUCUUCGUCAACCAAAAGAAGGGCGCGGACGUUCUCGCCAAGGGCCUGGAAAAGCUGGGUUACAACGCAUGUACGUUGCACGGUGGCAAAGGUCAGGAACAGCGAGAGUACGCUCUGGCUUCACUCAAAAACGGUUCCAAGGAUAUUCUGGUCGCGACGGAUGUCGCUGGUCGUGGUAUCGAUAUCAAAGACGUCUCGCUGGUCAUCAACUACGAUAUGGCCAAAUCAAUCGAGGACUACACGCAUCGUAUCGGUCGUACAGGUCGUGCCGGAAAGACUGGUUGUGCGAUAUCUUUCUGCACGAAAGACGACAGUCAUCUGUUCUACGAUUUGAAGACGAUUAUCAUGGCCAGCCCGGUGUCGGUUUGUCCACCGGAGCUGAUGAACCACACCGAUGCGCAGCACAAGCCCGGAACGGUUGUCACCAAAAAACGAAGAGAGGAAAAGAUUUUUGCGUAAGGUAUCUCAACAGUUGACUGUAAGACAAGAAUGUUUUAAGAAAUGAAA